AUGGAACGGGAGGUGCAGUGCAUACAGAAGAGCUUGCAUCUACCGAUGAUGCAGCGUAUGCAUAAUAAAGACAGCACCCGCAUCCUUUGUGGAGAUCUACCACGUCCCGAUCCAGCCACCGCCGUGCUCGCCAUCACAGCAGCCACUAUCACAGUAUGCAACACCGCUGAAGCACCAUCCAUAGUAGCACCAGCAUACAGUUUCAAGGAAGAAACAAACUUCCGCAGAAGAAGGGCAAAUCAGUCUCGCUAA